AUGCUGGGUAAAUUAGCCUGCAUUGGGCUCGCCUUUCUUUGCUACGUUGUCUUCGUCGCAAUCCGUCGCGUCUUCUUCAGCCGCAUCUCUCACGUCCCAGGCCCAUGGUUCGCCUCCGUGACGUAUCUCUACCAUGCGUGGUACGAGCUCUGGCCGCAUCAGGGUCAGUUUAUGAUGCACCUCGCGACGCUUCACGAAAAGUACGGGCCAAUUAUUCGCAUCGGCCCGGAUGAGGUGCACAUCAAGGACACGCACUACAUUGACGAGGUGUACCCCAGCGACGUGAGACGGAAAAGGAACAAGAGCACGCUGUUUUUCUGGAUGGUCGGAACCAACGAGUUUGGUGACCACAGCGCGGGCGCGACCAUUGACCAUGAUGUCCACCGGGCCAAGAGAUCGAGCAUGGCUCCCUAUUUCAGUGCCAGGAUGGUGCAAGACCUCGAGCCCAGAAUCCUGGGCAAAGUGCAGCUGCUCAGGGACAAGAUCCUCUCUAUGGCAGGCUCUCAAGAGCUAUUGGAGAUGCGCAACGCCGUCAGCGGAUUGACGUUAGACGUCAUUUCCGAGUACUCUUUCGGAAGAUCCUUUGGCGCAUUAGACACGGGCAAUUUUGGCAGGCCCUUAAACAACAUCCUCCUCAAGGGUGUCAAGGUGCAUCCCUUUGCGCGCAUCUUUCGCCCGCUCGCCAUUGCCAUCUUCCGCGCCCCCAAGUGGAUGAUGCCCAGCAGCGAGAUCCUCGACAACAGCAUCAAGUACGACAAGCUCAUCAGCGAGAUGACGCAAGUCGCCUACGACGACGCGACCGGCUCCGGCAGCCACCACCACCACGACGGCUAUGACAAGUCGCUGGCGCCAUCAUCCCGCACCAUUGUCCACUCCAUGGUCCAAAGCGACCAGCUCAGCCCCGAGGACAAGACCUUUUUGCGGCUCAAGGCCGACGCCAUGGUGCUGAUUGGCGCGGGCACGGAGACGACGGCGCGGACGCUCGCCACGGCGCUGUACUACAUCCACGCCGACGCGGCCGUCUACGCGCGCGUGCUGCGCGAGGUGCGCUCCGCGAUGCCAGACGCCGACUCGCCGAUCCCGCCCGUCACCAAGCUCCGGCCGCUGCCGUACCUGACAGCCGUGCUGGAGGAGUCGUUGCGCAUCGCGCACGGUGUCGCCGGCCGUCUCUCGCGGAUUGCGCCCGAGGAGGACUUGGUGUAUCGCGGGUUAAAGAUCCCGCGCGGCGUCACGUUCUCGCAGUCCAUGUACUAUGUGCACUCGGACCCAGAGGUCUUCCCCGAGCCGAACGAGUUUCAUCCUGAGCGCUUCAUGGGUGACUCGACAGCGGCAGUGACUGCGCGAAAGCACCUGCAGCCGUUUGGAAAGGGCACUAGGAAUUGCCUGGGCAUCAACCUCGCCUGGUCGGAGCUGUACUUGACGGUCGCGGCUCUGGUUGGCUCUGUGCGCAUGGAGUUGGUAGAUACUACGGUCAGGGACGUGACUAUCGUGAAGGAGUAUUUUGUUGGGUAUCUGCCAGAGGAUAGCAAGGGUAUUAGAUUCAGAGUGCUUGGGAAAGCGUAG